GCUGUUGCUCGCCGCUUGAUGACCCCCGCGCGGCUCCCGUCCGCCGUCAGCUGUGACCGCGACGGGCCCCCUCCGGCUAGCGUUAGAGAACUCAUCGCGUAAACACGUAACUGGUGAACCAAGAGGCAAACAUGGCUUUUAGAAAUCUGCUGAGGGAGGCCACAUCACUGUUCAAGUCCUGCAACGUUCCCUUGGGGAGGCAGCAGGCCACGCGGCGAAUGGCCUCCAUGACGGUGGGGCAGCAGCAGCACGGGCGGAUGUACGAGUUGAGGACGUACACGGCACACCCGCACGCCUUCCCCGCCUUCCUCAAGCUGACCAACGAGUGCAUCGAGCUGCGAACGGCGCAUUCCCCGCUGAUCGGCUACUGGACCGUGGAGCACGGUCCCCUCGCGCAGCUCGUGCACAUAUGGCAGUACGAGGACUACGCACAGAGGACGGCGGUGCGAGCGGCACUGGCCAAAGACCCGGAGUGGCAGGAGUCUUACAUCGCCAAGGUCAUGCCCAUGCUGUGCAGCCUUGAAAGCGAGGUGACCUACUUGGUACCCUGGAAUAAGCUCGGCGAGCCAAAGAAGCAGGGAGGUGUGUACGAGCUCGUGACGUUUGACAUGAAGCCCGGCGGGCCCGCACUGUGGGGGAAGGCGUUCCGUGCCGCCAUCACCACACACCAGCACGUCGGAUACGCUUCCCUCAUUGGCGUCUGGCACUCUGAGUUUGGCAAACUCAACCGAGUGCAAGUGCUGUGGAACUUCGACAGCGCAGACUCGCGUGCGGCCGGCAGGCACUUGGCUCACGAAGACGCACGUGUCGUUGCGGCAGUGCGGGAGAGCGUGAGCUACGUGGUGGCGCAGUCCAACAAGCUUCUCCUUCCCACUCCCUUCUCGCCGCUCAAGUGAGACGGGCGCAACGAACCGUGGUGGCGCCGCCACCGCCGUGUUGAAGGGACAAGCGUCACAAUACUGGCGGGGACGUCCGCAUAGAAACGGCUGCCUCACUUGCACCACGGGGGUGGUGGUUUAAACAAAUAAAGCUCUCGUUCAUUUCAGGUGGUUGGUCACGUCACGUGCCAAGUGAUAUUGGUAUUUAAAGAAAUGUAGUAGCUAUAUAGUCUCUGGCAAAAAAACUAAAAAAACUCGUAAUACGUUUAAAACAAUUGAUGCGUUAACGUUCAACUUUGAAUACCUCUGGUACAUUUAAUUAUAUUAAAGCGAAUUGAAGGUGAUAUAAUCUCAAGGAAUCUUGCCGUGAGCAUAUUAACAUUAGAUUUAAGAUGACAUGUGAUAUUAAAGAAAUGCUGAACUAAAAAAUACUUUUAAAGUGUUAAAAGUUUUUUCUAUAAGUUACUCCUAAUAUAAUUACACAUAAAUGUAGCCAGAAAAUAAAGAGAAAGUUUGGAAAUGUUAUGUUUAUGUUUCGGUGAUGAAAUAGCCUAUAUUAUUUUGAAACCUCUUAAUUGGCAAAUUAUAUUUAUAUUAAACCGUUUUCUUACAUUUCAGUUUGAAAUGUCCUGCAUGAAGAUAUUUUACAUAGAUUUUCCUAGCUGAAAUACACCCCUCAGUCAUUGAGCAUUAAUUUGCAUUAAAACGCUGCAAGAUACUUUAUCGAGUACUGUACUGAAAGACAGUCAUUUGUGUUGCAAUAUUGGCAGCAAGUACCGUCACUGAAGUAAAAUAAAGACUUAUACUUUGAA